GGGGCCGGCCCAGGGGCCGCAUCCUGUGGUCCCCAUCCCAAACGGCUGUGAUCACCAUGACAACGCUGACUUCAGCCUCCGCCACCUACUCGGGCUCAGAGCCACUGGGUGCCGGCUGAUGGAUCGGUACGGGCACUGGACCGAGGAUGUCCUCGAUGUUCGGCAAACCCCGAGCCAGCAGCGAGCGGCCACCCCAGAGUCCCCUCCCCGAGUGCAACGUGGCCAUCCUGGGGUGCAGAGGGGCCGGCAAGUCAGCUCUGACCGUGAAGUUUCUAACCAAGAGGUUCAUCAGUGAAUAUGAUCCCAACUUGGAGGACACCUACUCCUCGGAGGAGCUGGUGGACCAGCAGCCUGUGCUCUUGAAGGUGAUGGACACUGCUGACCAGGAUGGCCCCGGGAACUGCGAGCGCUACCUGUGCUGGGCCAGCGCCUUCCUGGUUGUCUACAGCAUCGACAACAGGAAGAGCUUCGAGGGCUGCCAGCGCUACCUCGAAGUGCUCGCCCUGCACGCGCGGGGCUGCCAGCGCCGCUGCCCCGUGCUCCUGCUGGGAAACAAGCUGGACAUGGAGCAGUACAGGGAAGGCACAACAAGGACACACAGAGUGAAGCAGCAAGGCCAGCCCACAUCUGAGGGCACCAACCCUGGUGAGGGUCACAGCCAUCAAUUUACACCGUGCUCCUGGAACACGCCGGCUGCUUGUGGACAAACGCCGCCAGGUGAGCUGUGCCAGGUGUUUCAUAAGCUGUGGGUUACCUCCUGGUGUCUGUGCACAGCAGGGAUGCUGGAAAGCUGCUGGAAGUACUUCGCGACUUCAUCAAGUAGUGACCCGCAGCCAAAUAUCCCCAGAUAUGGGAGGCCAGAACUUUGCAGAUCCUUUACAUCUAAAUCACAUCAGCAAAAUUAGUUUCAUUCAUCAAAGCUACAAAACAAAGUGUUCUCAGGUCAGUAUGCCUACUCCAGUGGAGCCUGAGUAGAAUUCUGCCUAAACCGCCAGCUUCCCCAGUAAGGAAACAGUGACUCCCACAGUUGGGCUGGACAUGUUCCAAGGAGUUUGGAUCUUCCAGCCUGGAAGAGACUGUUAAAGGCAUCUCCUCCAGCCUCCCCCACGCAGCUGCUCUGCCCUGCUGCCCACAUCCCAAAGUGGGCAAGAACUGCUCCACAAGACCAGCUGGGACAGCGUGGGGGAUGUUCUUCCCCACUGCUCCCCUGCCUGCCUGCAUCUCAGCAGUGACUCUGGUGGCUGAUGGACAGGGAUGAGCCCUUAGAUCCAGGCCUCUGCAACUCCGAGUGUGCACUUUGGUCUCCUGUCCCUCUGAAGGCACCCAAGACCCUUCUGAGGUUGCUUCCCAGCUUGGCUACAACAGGGGAAGCUCAAAUGAGAGACAGCUCAUGCAUUCUGUGCUCAUAUGGAAGGAGGCAGAAAGAACAAAGAGGCCAGUGCCUCUCAAGAAACAUUUUACCUGUGUUAUUUUGAGUUUAUAUUGACUCCUGAAAGUUUUUGUAAUUUCUUUCUUCUUGCAAAUGGGAUUUUAACAUCAAAAGCUGCAAAAUCUGUACAGUAUUACAUAUUUCAGGAACAAAGAGUCACACAACAAUGCUAUUUCAAAUACUUCUGUGGAUCUGUGGACUUUGCUAGCAUUCAGUGAAAUCUCAAGAUAUUACAGGAAAAUGUCAAGGGACUGCUUUUUGCUCUGUGCAUUGAUCCCAGCACUUCAGUGGUAAAAACCUUUCUCAUAAUGGAAGCCCUUGAAGAUCUGACACAUAUCCCACGCAGAAGGCAGAGCUGAGGGAUUGGUGCUCUAAAGGUUGGCAUAAUCCAGCAAGGGGGCUGUGCCAUGUGGGAACAUAGGAACACACAUGUCCACAGCUGCACGUGGACUCUUCCCAGCCACAUGUGGUGCUGUGAAUCCACCUGUGCUUGGUUUUUGUCAGCUCUGAUAUUCAUGGCUGCUCACCAAGCCACAUUUUGCCCUCAUUCUGCAAAUGAGAAGUCUUUAGAUAUGUAUUAUACUGGUUUAAGUAAAGAUGGGGGAAUAUCUUUUGGAAAGACCAUCAAGUACAGCUUCUGUUGAGAUGAUAAUGUCCCUCUGGGCUCUGUAUUCAAAACUCACUACACAGCAUGGGACAAUGCAUUUAGAGCUCUCCAGAGUUGCAUCCAGACUCUCUCUCUCUGGUGGUUGUCCUAUCUUAACAGAUUGUGUUAAAAUGGGUCAGUUAUUUCAAAUACAGGAUUAAAGUGGGAUGUCCUGUCUUUGGGAUUCAUAGAGGAUAUCUAUACAAUGUCACACCACAGACAUACAAAUGGAUGGUAUGGUUUAUAAAGGUACAUUAAGGUCUGAGCUCCAUUAAGGAACACAAGGAAUUGUUUAAUAUUUAAAAUAAUAAGGCAAGAAGGCAGUCUGUGCUAUUUUUUAACCUCUAUAAAGUAAAAAGCUAAAGAGAAAAUCUAAGUUAUAUUACACAUUUUCCUUUGACUGCUUUAAUAUGCAGGAGUUACCUCAGCCUGCUUCUUACUCGCCAUUCAGACAGUCUCUCCUUAAAAAGUCUGCCUUCACUUAAAAUUCCCAAGGAUUCAAGCUUUCUAACUGGAAUAAAUAAAUAAUCCUUUCUUUACAGAUAGCUAUAAAUUAACCCAGCAGCCAGUGCAGCAGGAAUGCCCGUUAAUCUCUGCUA